UCUACACCAGGUAUGUUGUAUACGCUGUCAGUAUAGCUGUAAUCUAGGAUAGAAAGUCUGUACCAACUCUACUGGUAUAAAGGAAACUACAAACAACACUACAUACGUCGGGAACAACUAAUACAGUCAACAUGAUAGGGAGUGGAUUGGUCUUAAUGACAUUAUCGAUAACAUUGGUUCAAGCGUGCCCGUCAGGAUGGAUAGAAAACAAGGAAUAUUGCUACUUCUUUAGUACUGUAACAGGAUCGUGGGCUGAUGCUGGUAGUUAUUGUAGGAAUUUUAACGCAAAACUUGCGGAACCCAUGGGAAGCGACGCAGUUGCUUUCAUUGAUGAAGCAGUUAAACACACGCAUCCACCUGUUGGUGAGUACUAUUUAGGAGGAGCCGACUUCUUCGUGGAAGGAGAAUGGAUUUGGGCUAGUACCUUUGAGCCAAUCACUAAUGCGAGCUGGUCUCCAGGGGAACCGAAUGACCAAUCAGGAAGAGAAGAUUGUUUAGCCUUGGUUAUGAAUGGUCUCUGGAAUGACGUCCCCUGUAAUAUAUCACUUCCGUUUGUGUGUGAACUUGAAAAUGACUUCGGCCAGGAAACUAUCGGAUAAACCUAACAAACUUAAAAUUAGUUUUAUCAAUACACUUUUAUCAAUACACUUGUAUUUAAGCCAAA